CUCAUCAUCAUCACUCUCAUCACUGCUUCGUCCUCUUCCCACUCCAGAUUCGUCAAGAUGGCGACUGCGGGUCCAUCGUCGCAGCCAGAUGUGCCAGGUCGAGCGUUGGCAGAGAAGAAUCUCCUUGAUCACGUCAACAAGAUCAGGCAGACGCCCACCUUCGUCGGUCUCGAGCAGGUGCUGCGCAUGACGGGCGAUGAUUGGAUCGAAUCGAUGAUCGAGCAGGCAAAGGACAUAAGGAGCAAGUGGGCCGCCCAAUUCGAGGCUAACUCGGCGCAUCAACAGGCAACAAUGGCUGGCGAGAUGCUGAAGACUCCCUCGCGCAAGAAGGCAACCGCUCGUCAGAGAGCAGCCUCUUCAAAGCUCAACUUGGCGAAGAGCAGAAGUGCCAACCCAUUCGGCGCCAGUGAUAUCGAGGAAGAGGACAAGGAGAACGCACCAGGCGCGGCACGAGGUACGAGGAGCAAGGCAGACAAGAGCGCGAUCGCCAAGUUGCCCAAUCCAUUCCAGGCCAAGUUGGCCGCCGUCGCCGCCAAGGGCAAGGCUGUAGAUCAUCCAGUAGAUACGGAGGAGGGGGUGGAGGGCGUCGGCGUGCCUGCGCAUGAGGGUGUCGAGGAGGAAGACGAAGCCGCUCCCGCCGAGGCGACGACGAAGACGACAAAAGGCAAACCAAAGAAAGCACCAGCAAAAAAGGCUGCCAAGGCACCGGCAAAGAAAACGGCUGCAGGCAAGGGAAAGAAGAAGAAGGAGGAGGACAAGAAAGAGGACGAGAUGGAAGAGGUUGCGCAACCGUCAAAGGCGCAAGAGCCCAUGGCGCCUGCAGCGAAGGCCGACGAGGCGGUGGUACCUGCCUCUGAGCCGCCUCACUCUAACGCAGCUGACGACAGUAUGGAAGUGGAGAGCACGCUCGAGAAGCUCGACGUCGCGAGGCCUACCGCUUCAACACCGACCGGCAAGAAGAUUGGCUCUGCUCGUCGCAACCGUCUACGACUCUCGGAUGACACGCUAGCUCCGAUUGCGGACGCCAUCGAGUCAGAAGAGGAUGAUGAGCAGUCGCACGACGACGAAGAUGCUGGCAGGGCAGAAAAGGCAGACAGCGCAGCUGAAGCGACAGUCGCUCUGACCACGGCACCGCGACAGAAGCGUACCCUGGCCUCAUUCGGGGGAGCGAAGAUGUCGAUGGCCCACGCAGCUCAGACGCCGAUCGCCGCCAAGACGCCAGCAAGCUCAGGCUUCAAGAGCAGCUUCCUCACCAAGAGUCUGCGUCAGGCUUCCAUCCGCAAGACGGACGAUGAUGGUGUGGCGGCUGAGGACAGCGACGACUCGGUCAUCGAUACUGGUUCCCUCAAGGCGAAUACCGAGGCCAAUGCGGCGGCUAUGGUGGGCACAAAGACAUCGGUGGCGUCGCAGACUAGGUCCUCACCUCGCCUUUCUGCCUCGAAACGCAAGAGUGACGAGGUGGACGAGAUUGACGUGGUUGCGCAGAAGGCAGCCAAGACGGAGAGUGGAAAGUCUACUGCCGCCACUGCACAACACAGCUCUGCCACUGGGGCGAAGCAGGGCCCGUCUGCUAAUCUCCUUCGUAGCAAGCUCGAAAGCGCCCGGCUUCAACGAUCCGUCAAUCCCGGCACGGUCGGCCUGGGCGCUAAAAACAUCACCAGUCCGAUCCUCGGUCAAGGCAGUGCGCCGUCCAGCCCCGAGCCUGCUGCCAAGGGCAGAUUUGGCAGCGGAAUGGCUCCAAGCAGCUCCAACGUCUCUCAGCUUAGGGAUAGAUUUGAGGCAAGUCUGCGCUCUCCUCCUCCCAAGUCGACCGGAAUUCUCGACGCAAAGAAGUCGCCCUCGAGACUGCCCUUGCCUAUCUCGAUGCAGUCCACUACUCCUCAGCACUCGCCCACGAAGAAGCAGAAUCCCGCACCACCCGCAGCCGCCCCCGUCCCCAAGACCAAACCAGCGCAGCCGGCUCCGUUACCGCCCGCCGCUCCCGUCGUAGACCGCCCUGAGGAAAUCAGUGGAAGCUCGGCCGGCAGUGCUGUCACUGCAUCGUCAGAGGUGAAGGAGAAGGCGCGAUCGCGUGAGGGGUCAAGAGCAAGCGAGGAGUCGACUCGAAUGGAGGAUGAUGGUGAUGCUGGCGAUGAUGAGCGCGAAGAGGACGGUGCGGUAACUACAAAGGUGACCCGCCCCCUCAGUGGUGGGCAGGCAAGCAAAAGUGCCGAGAGCACCACGACUUCGCUCAAGGACGCGCUGGAAGGCGACGAUGACAGCGAUGGCGAUUCCUCUCUUGGCGUCGAGCUCACACUCGAAGAUCUCGAAGGCAAAAAGGCGGCUGCUACUCUGCCAGCAUCGGCCACAGCAACACAGGCUCUUUCCAAAGGCAAAGGUCCGGCGGCUUUGCCCUCCGCAGCGCAGCCAUCGCAGAGCGGGCCCCUCGCUGCCAGGCACGACUCUACGGCGCAUGCGGGCGGACCAGGCUGGAGCUCGCGCCUCAAAGGCCUCUUCGUCGGCAUCACCGGGGCUCCCAACGGGCAUGCUGCUGGCCCUCCACCUCCAGGCACCGGCUUCCAGCCCAACAAGCUCAACCGCUCCGUCAGUGGUGCACCUGGAAAGGAUGACUCGACUGUCGUGCGCUCUAACUUCGCCAGCUCGCAAGGCGUUGGUGGCACGUCUGCCAAGCCUGCCAGCGUGGUGCGAGCCGAGCAGCUUCGCCGUAAGGAGGCGGAGGAUGCGGAGCGAAGGAGCAAGGAGCGCGAGGAUAAGCGGAAGCAGAUUGCAGCGGCCAAGGCAAUCCCAUCUGCGAAGGCGGACGUGGGUGAGAAGCGGGUACGGGAUGAUGACGACACACAGGCCAGAAGCACCGCCUCCACUGCUCGCCUCAAUCAGAACGGUGCACCCAACGGCCAGCCCAAGGCUCGAGUCAUGAGCCAAUUCGCAAACUCCACCGCUGCAGUCACUCGCCCUCCGGCUCCUAAAGCGACGAACAGCUCGGAGGACGUCAAUGGCAAGAAGCGCCGCCUCUCGCAAGAGCGCGACGAGGAGACCAAGGCUCGCCCACCUAUCGUGCCAUCCGUCCCAUCCAGCGUCAGCAAGCCUUCGACGGCAGCCAGUGGCAACAGGCUCGCACCCGGCACAACGACCGCCUCAAAGUUUGCUGUGCCCAAGACGGUCCGCCCAGGUCAGCCUCAGGGCAAUGGCACCAUUCGCCCAGCCUCAGCGCUCAAGACGGCCCCCAACGGGCAGCAGGCAGCCCGACCUGCUAGCACCAAGCCAGGCAUGAUUUCGUCGACGAGCACGAACAAUUUCUCGCAGCAAAAUCCCUUCCAGGCCUCCUCUGCACGACCUGGCCCUGCUCCUUCGGCACAACGACCCGCCCAGCACCAGGUGUCUGCACAGGCUUCAGCUCGCAAAGAAGCCGCCGCCGCAGCUGCUGCCGCUGCCGCUGCCAGCAACGCCACGCCCGCCUUCGCAGCGUACGGCACGACUGGAACUGUCGCCCCGAACCUGGAAGACGACAACCUCUCUCUGCCCAGCAUUGCCUCGGAGUACUCAGACUCAGAAGAUGAGGAGACCCAAGCGCGUCGUGCGCGUGCUGCUCCUUGGACCAAGGGUGACGCCUUGCAGUCUGCCCUGCAAGCCCAGAGUCAGAUGGAUGCCGAUCUCAUCUUCGGUGUACCUACGGGCAAUGUCGACCUCGAGACCCUCAUGCCGCCGCAGGACCAUGCAGGAAGGAUGAGGAUGAAUAGGCCAAGGAGUAGUUCAGCUAACUGGAGCGGUACGGAUGGGUUGGCCCAGUGGGAGAUUGACAGGUACAAUCAGAGGAUGAAUAUUGGUGGGCCUGGAUUCAGGUUGCCUGCUAGGGCGACGAGUGCUAGUGCGGUCGGCGGGAGUGCGACACUCGAUCAAAGGCGCUCGGUGGUGGCGACCAUUGGAGCUGCGGCGGCGGCGAGGCAGCAGCAGCAGCAGCAGCAGCAGGGGCGAUGAGGAGGAGGAACAGUAGAGCAUCUAUUUGGCUACAUUCACGAAUUUGGACGACCAGCAUUUCUUUCUCUUUCACGCAUCUCUCACCCACUCCCUGCUCGACU